GGGAGUGGGAGUCUUUUUUCCCCCCUCUUGCUGGGAGUGGGAGGAGGUUGUUCAUUUUCUUCCUUAAUACAGAAGCUGCUGUAUGUCCAGAGGGGCAGCUGCAACAGUUGAUCGUGAUGCUGGGUCUGCCCAUUUUUCUCUGCACCUCUCUCUUCCUGUCAGUUUCCUCUUUCCCCUAUUUCCUCAGACCCAAUGUCACCUUCAACCAUAUGGCCCGUGACCCUGGCUCAGGCUUCAUUUAUAUUGGAGCAGUCAACCGGAUUUAUCAGCUUUCCUCUGAUCUUCAUCUUGUGGUUGAGGACUCUACUGGACCAGAGUUUGACAGUCCUGAAUGCCUUCCUUUCAAGGAUCCAAAGGACUGCCUCCAGGCCACAGUCACCCCCAACUCUAACAAGCUACUGACUGUCAACAUUCAUAGAGGGGAACUUUUAACCUGUGGACACGUUUUUCAGGGUAUCUGUGAGAAAAGGGAUUUACGUAACGUUUCAAACAUCAUCUAUAAGACAAUAGAUCCUGGAGACAACCAAUUUGUGGCUGCUAAUGAUCCCCAAGUCACCACUGUUGGAAUAGUGGAAAGGACGUCAGAGGAUCGUGAUUACCUUUUUGUAGGGAGGGGUCUAACAGCCAGACUGUCAAGUGGGAUACCACCCAUUACCAUUCGGCAGCUGGAGAAGCCGUCUGUAUUCUCUAACGAGGGUCUUGGCAAACUGGUGGUGGGAGACUUCUCCGAUUACAAUAACACCUUUGUGGGCAUCUUUUCAAAUGAAGGGCAUGUCUACUUUCUGUUUUACCGUCGUGGAUCCAAAUCUCAAAUGGACUACAAAACCUACCUUGGAAGUGUGUGCAGCCAAGACCUUCAUCUCUACUCUUACGUGGAAGUGCCUCUCUUGUGCCAUGGAGGGUAUAACUUGGCACAGGCAGCUCAUCUUGAAAUUGUGAACAGGGAAUUAUUUGUGAUCUUUGCAGCCAACCAGGGUUCAGGGCCUAAUCCUAGCAAUCAGAGGGCUCUCUGUUCAUAUAAGAUGAAGGAUAUAGAAGAAAGAAUAGAGCGGGCAAGAAGCCUGUGCUACACUAAAUCAGGAAAAGGAGAGAACGAUCAGGAAGAGUCUGGCAUAGAGUAUGGAGUAAAUUCAAAGUGCGCCACGCUUCCCGAGGACUCCUCUCAAAAUUUUCCAUGUGGUGGGGAACAUACACCAAGCCCUAUCGCCAGUCGUGUUUCGGUUGAUGCUCACCCGCUGCUUACAGACAGCUCCGGUCUCACUGCUGUGGCAGCAUGGGUGGAAGACAAAAACACCAUUGUGUUUUUGGGAAAUGCCGCUGGAAACAUUCAAAAGGUAUUUGUGUCCUCUGGGAAAGGGCUGGUCUAUGAUACAGCAACUGCUGUUUCUGGCUCGCCUGUCAGCCCGGACCUUAUUCUGGAUGGUGGUGGAAGGCAGCUCUAUGUCAUGACAGAGUCACAGGUUUCCCGACUGCCCAUGGCUGAAUGUUCUAGGUUUUCCACCUGUGACUCUUGCCUCCAAGCUAGGGAUCCCUUCUGCGGUUGGUGUGUCCUGCAGGGGGAGUGCACAGAGAAGAAGGGGUGUGUGGAUUAUAAGGAGGACAAUCGCUGGCUGUGGAGUUUUGGGAAUCAGGCGCUCUGUCCGAGUAUCCAUGAUAUCAUGCCAGCCAAUCUAAGCCGACAAGAACAAACAGAGAUCUCCAUGACUGUGCUACAGAUGCCUGCUCUGGCAGAUGGAGAAAGCUGGCAAUGCCUGUUUAAAGAGUGGUCGACUGCGGCACAUGUAUACGGUACCCGGAUCAGCUGCAUCUCACCGCCGCCUGAACUCCUGCCUCCAAAUUCCAAUGGGAAAGAUCACGUGACCCUCCAGCUCGCCCUGGUUUAUCACAACAUCACAGUAGCCACGACUGAUUUCACAUUUUAUGACUGCAAUGCUGUGAUGGCCCUCGCUGUGUAUGCCCCGUGCGGUGGGUGUGUGAGCAGCCCUUGGAGAUGUAACUGGUGUGUGUCUGACCACCGCUGCACACACACGUUACAAUGCAGCCAAGAUCAGACCGUGAUAUACAGCCAACAUGAUUCGCACCAGCAGCUGUCGGGUCCAGAUGCUUGUCCCAGGCUGGAGAGCAUUGUGGAUUCUCCCUUUAUUCCCGUUGGCAUUGAACGAGAACUGGAUCUGAUUGGACGGAACUUACAUCUUCUUAAGGGUGGGGAACUGGAGUAUCGUUGUGUUAUAGAGACAGAAGGCAAUGCCAUUGUGUUGCGUGCCCAGAUUGAACAAGUGACAGGAGAGGACAGUAUCUACCAAGUACACUGCCAGACACACAAGUAUGAGUACCCACUGCGUGAACUGGAGCAACGUGUCACCGUGUAUGCAACGAAGGGCGAUGGUCAGCGUGUGGACAAUAAGGGGGAUAUACAAGUGACUGUGUACAACUGCUCGGUGGGACAGUCGGACUGCAGCCGGUGUCACGCUCUGCACCCUCAGUACAAGUGCCUGUGGUGCGGAGAUGAGAGGACCGCUGCGUGUGUGUACAGGAGUCAGUGUGAACAGAACGCCAUCGAUGUUUGUCCAACGCCACUCAUCAGUUCAUUUUACCCUCUGACGGGCAUCAUUCACGGAGGAACCACCCUGACCAUCGAGGGUGUCAACAUGGGUCAGAAGGCAGAGGACGUAUCCGUGAGUGUGGCAGAGUAUCCAUGCGUUGUGAAGCCGGAUCUCUAUAUUGUGUCCAACAGGAUUGUCUGCACGCUGUCUGCCAGUGACACUGAGGUGUCGGGGCUGGUGAAAGUCACUGUAGAUGGACGUGAACCUGGAGUCUCCAGCCAGUAUUUUACAUACCAGGAUCCUGCACUGUUGUCUUUAUCCCCAUCGAGAGGUCCUAUGGCCGGUGGCACGCUGAUCACCAUCUUUGGUUCCAAACUGCUGACAGGAGAUCAGAUUACAGUGGCAGUGGGAGAUCUGCCGUGUAAAAUAUUCAGGAAUGUAACAGAAGAGCAGAUACAGUGUAUCACCGACGUAAGCCCUGACCUGCAGGAGCUGCCCGUUCAUGUGUUCUAUGGUACCACGAAAAAGAUUCUCAAAGAAGUCAUGUUUAAUUAUACAGAGAACCCAACCAUCUUAUCUGCUGUCCCCACCAGUGGCUUUUAUGGAGGUGGUCGUAUUAUCAAAGUAAAUGGCUCACAGCUGGACGUGGUGCAGACUCCAUUCAUGAGCGUCCUGGCGAGAUUGUCCUCUGAAGAGCUACAGGAAGAGAGCAAGGAGAGUCGGAGAAAGAGGAAGAGAAGAAGGGAAGUCAGUUCUGUGACAACGCAAGAGUUUAGCGAGCCAUGCCACCACAACUCCUCCUCUGUUAUCGAAUGCUUGUCUCCCUCCGUCCCAGAAAAUUAUGUCCCUGUGGAUGUUUUUUUUGUUCUGGACAAUGUACGGAUACCAUUCGGCAGCCUUGGGGAGAGCUUCAGUUACCAGAAGAACCCAUCCCUGAAACCUCUGAACAAAGAAAGCCCAAACAAACCAUACAGCUUGAAACCAGGCAACGUGCUGGAUAUAGAGGGAGAGGGCCUCGACUCCGGGAUCAGUAAACAAGAGGUCUUGGCAAUGAUCGGAGAUGGAGUCUGUACAGUAAAAACCCUCACCCACAACCAUCUGUACUGCGAACCACCGCUGGUGGCACCACGGCCAUUAGACGCCAGCUCAUCCUUGCCAGAGUUUGUGGUACAGAUGGGAAAACUCAGCUUUAAUCUGGGACAAGUGAAAUAUGACGUAGAGGGACAGUCCAGUUUCCCAAAGGAAGCCAAAAUAGGGCUGGCAGUGGGAGGUGCUCUGCUCAUCCCCGUGGUCCUAAUAAUCAUCUUUAUGUACAGGAGACAGAGCAAGCUGGCCAUGAGAGACUACAAGAAGGUCCUGGUUCAGUUGGAGAACCUGGAGACCAGUGUGGGCGACCAGUGCAGGAAGGAGUUUACAGACUUAAUGACAGAAAUGAUGGAUCUUACCAGUGACCUCGAGGGCUCAGGAAUUCCCUACUUGGACUACACAACUUAUGUAGAAAGGAUCUUCUUCCCUGGUCACACCAGCUCCCCCCUCAGGAAGAGCUUGGAUGUGCCGGAGAGCAAAAGAAGCACUGUGGAGCAGGGGCUCACCCAGUUGUCAAACCUUCUCAAUAAUAAGCUUUUUCUUACUAAGCUAGUUGAGACAUUGGACUCCCAGCCCACACUGUCUCAGCGUGACCGCUGCCAUACGGCAUCACUGCUCACAGUGGCUCUUCAUGGUAAACUGGAGUAUCUGACUGAUGUUAUGAAGACCCUGUUGGCUAACCUGAUACAGCAAUGUGUAGCUAAGAACCCCAAACUUCUGCUCCGCAGGACUGAGACCAUAGUAGAGAAACUGCUAACCAACUGGAUGGCCAUCUGCUUACAUUCGUUUUUGAGGGAAGCAGCAGCAGAGCCCCUCUAUAUGCUGUUUUGUGCCAUUAAGUACCAGGUGGAUAAGGGUCCGGUGGAUGCUGUGACCGGGAAGGCGAAGCGCACGCUUAAUGACGGGCGUCUGUUGCGGGAAGACAUUGAAUACAAGCAGAUGACUCUCACUGUCAUGGUGAAGAGUGGGGGUGAGAUACAGCGUGUUCCCGUGAAAGUGCUCGACACGGAUACCAUCACACAGGUCAAAGGGAAGAUUCUCAACCAUGUGUACAAAGGGACCCCCUUCUCACAACGGCCCCAGGCACACACGUUAGACCUGGAAUGGCGCUCUGGGAAUGCCGGCCAUUUGACUCUGUCAGAUGAAGACCUUACUUCAUUGACCCAAGACCAAUGGAAGAGGUUGAAUACUCUGCACCAUUAUAAGGUUCCAGAUGGUGCAACUGUGGCUCUGAUCCCUCGCUUACACAACAAUCAGUGUGAGACCCCAAACAACAGCUUUUUUGGAGGCGAGAAGACCCCUAUGCUGGAAGACGGCGAGGAAGGUGAAAUUAAGAAAUGGCACCUGGUGAAGUCUCUAGAAGAACCUGAAGUUUGCAAGAACAGGAGGAGCAGUUUGAGGGAAAGAGAACGUGCAAAGGCAAUUCCUGAGAUCUAUUUAACCCGCUUGCUGUCAAUGAAGGGCACUCUGCAGAAGUUUGUCGAUGACACCUUCCAGGUAAUGUUGGGGGUGAACCGUCCUGUACCCAUUUCAAUCAAAUAUUUCUUUGACUUUCUGGAUGAAAUGGCCGAGAAGCAUGAGAUUCAGGAUGAGGAGACUAUCCACAUCUGGAAGACACACAGCCUAAUGCAGAGGUUCUGGGUACUGGUGCUGAAGCAUCCUCAGAUGGUGUUUGACGUUGAGGUAUCGGAGAACGUGGAUUCGAUCCUGUCUGUCAUUGCCCAGACAUUCAUUGAUUCUUGUACUAUCUCGGAGCACAAAGUGGGACGGGACUCGCCAGUCAACAAAUUGUUGUAUGCUCGGGAAAUCCCACGGUACAAACAGCUGGUGGAGAAGUACUAUAGUGACAUCAAACAGGCUACCCCUGCCAGCUACCAGGAAAUGAAUUCUGCCCUUACAGAACUGUCAGGGAUUCAUUCUACUCAGUUCAGUCCUCUGCUUGCCUUACAUGAGCUGUACAAUUAUAUUAUCAAGUACUACGACCAGAUCAGCGCUGCUCUAGAAGCGGAUCCCAACGGUCAGAAAAUGCAGCUGGCCUCUCGCUUGCAACAGAUCUCUUCGUUAGUAGAACUGAAAGUGACAGAUCUUUAAUUACCCCGCUCAAUAUAGAGGCAGUUGGCAUUCACUCCCGCUGUUCUUCUGUGAAAAUACAACUAAGGACUUAUUGAUGAUCAUGGGCGUAGUUUAAAGGGAUAUACAAAUUGAUGAGCCAGAUCUCCAGCUCCCUGCGCUCUCUUGGGAGAACACUGUGCUAUAGGUAGGAUACCCAGUUCUACGCUACUCCAUGCUUUACCUAAAAUCAUUUGACUCUAAGCAGCCAGACAGUGCACUGUCUACCUCGGUGAAACUGUGUAAGUGCCUUAAUAUAACCGAUGAUCUGGUUCUUCCGGGGGUGUCCUUGGUGUCUCCAAAAAUGUCCUCCCAGUGUAGAGUUUCUCUACAGACUAGCCACCCCAUGACAGGCCAUAUAUUCUAUUUUUGUGCUGUUUUGUGUUCUGUUGUGAAUACUUGUGUGGAAAGAUGCGUAACAGUAAUGUCUGGGGAUUAAAAACAAUGUUUUGGGUUCCCAAAUCUUUUGUGAACUAAAAAGUGAUCUGUAGGACUUUCCUCCUUCAGAUCCAUCAGACCUGCAUUCCACAUUUUAGAUGGAAGUCUUUCUCCUCUCUUGGUUCCCAUAAGAAAAUAGAGCAAUAUUAACU